CAAAUUCAAUCAAUACUAUAUAGCGGAACCGCCAGCAUGCUCUGCAGCUGCGCUAAAAGCAAAAUAUAAUAUCAUUGUUGUAUUGUUAUUGUUGUUCGAUAAUCAGUUUUGAUUCCGCUCGGCUCUCAACCGUAUUCAUUAAAAUGUUGUUUAAACUUAUUAUUGCGGAUCUUUUUUAAUAGAACACAUUUUCUAAAAAAUUAUUUACGUUUUACACGUGACUUAUACUCAGCAUCAGUUUUUAAUUUUUUUAUGAUAAUAUUUUAAUAGUAUACGAAAAAUGAACGAUACGGAGAGUAUUCAAUUAGACGAUCAAAUGUGUAUUAAAGUUGAAAUUGAUGAAAUUGAUGAUUAUUUCUACUACGAGAGUCUUAUAGAGGUAGAACAACAGAAUAACAAGUUGUUGGAAGUACAACCAAAGCAGCGAGUCGUGGGAAAAUUCGAGUGCAAAUUAUGUAAAAAGUCAUUCGCUACCAGUAGACAAGUUGUCCAACAUACAGCGAAAUUUCACAAAAACUCAGACAGAUUAAACAAAACGAAUAAAGUAACAAAAUUGAAAAAUGAUGUCGAUGAAAUUGAUGGUUGGUAUUUCGUGUCACAAAUAGAGGUAGACGGCGAACAGUUGAACAAUGUUGCAGGUGAAAGAAACUUGUUUAUCUGUGAUAAAUGUCAAAAAACAUUUUCUACUAAAAGGAAAUUGAUCCAUCACCUUUCAAAAUCACACAAUGGCUACUCAACGACAGAAAAUAAUCUCUAUAAAAGAAGCCGUAAGAAUAACCAUGAAUGUAACAUUUGUUUUAAAAAUUUCUCACGCUCAUCUAAUCUCAUUAGACACCAGACAACCGUACAUAGUAAAGUGAAAAUGUUUACUUGUAACGUAUGCUUUAAAUCGUUUACUCAAAACUCCAGCCUCAAAGUACAUGAGCGCUUUCAUACUGGCAAGAACCUUUUAAAAUGCAAAGUGUGUUACAAAAAGUUUCCUUGUUUAUCCAGUUUUACUAAACACCAGAAUAUACAUAGUGAAGAAAAACCAUACAAGUGUGACAUAUGCCAGAAAUCAUAUACUCAAAAAGUUUCUCUCAAGAUUCAUGAACGUACUCACACUCACGAGAAACCUUACAGAUGUCAACUCUGUAAUAAAUGUUUCAUCUCCUCGUCCAAUCUUUAUAAUCACCGAAAGAUUCACACCGGAAUAAAACCAUAUGUAUGCGGUGUGUGCCAUAAGUCAUUUACCCAAAACAUGCAUCUUAAGAUACACAAACGUAUACAUACUGACGAGAAACCUUAUAAAUGUGAAACGUGCCAGAAAUUAUUUGCCCACAACUCAAAUUUAAAAGUACACCAACGUAUACACUCAAACCUGAAAGACUACAAAUGCGAAAUUUGUUCUAAAAGCUACAAUUGUUUGUCUAACCUCAUUAAUCACCGGAAGAUACACACUGGGAAAACACCUUUUAAAUGUGACGUUUGUCAGAAAUCAUUUCUUUAUGACUCAACUUUAAAAAUACAUGCUCGCAUCCAUAUCAAUGAGAAAAAUAAAACUGUUUAGUGUUCUGUCAUUCUUUAUUCAGAACAUACAUGUUUAGCUACAGUAAAUCGGCAAAGACUAAUUUUUAAAAAACAAUUUAACGGGUUAUUAUUUUUUUUAAUCAUGUAUGUUUUGUGCUUUUCAUAGACUGAUUUUUUUUAAGUACUUUGUAAUGAUUUUGAAAAAAAUAAUUUUAGAAUAAUCAAAAAAAACGUAUUUAGUUAAUGACUUUUUAUAGUUGAAACCUAAAAAAAAACAAUAAUAAUACUUAUGUUGAAAGCAGUAUGCAAUUCAGUGUAUUAAACCUGGCUGUGGUAGCAUUUUAAUCUAAAUAAAAUAAAGUAAACAAUUUACAUGUUCACAUACAACCAUAAUAGAACAGGAUGGAUGAAAA